GCUAUCGAAAGCGCAGCAACCCAAUGCGUUGGUCGGAGGCGACCUACACCUGCUGCUCACUUUGCAUUUGCCCUUUUCGAGAUGAAAUCCCUCGAGCUUGAUAGUACGGAGCGCGCGGCCCUCGUCGCGCGCGCGACAAGUGGCAUCGACGAGCUCAUCACGUGGGCGCAGGAGCCGUCGCGCAGCAAAAUGUACCCCAAGUCGGCCACAUGGACGCACGAAGCGUGUCGGUGCGAGCUCGACAUGCACGACGCUGGCUCGCUCGACGACCUCGUCACGCUCUACCGCAGCGCCGACGACGAUGCGGCGGUCGCAGGCCACGUGCACGCUGACAAGGUCCAGACGUUCUCGAGCUUCAAGGCCGGCGGACUGCACGUCGCGCUGCAGUGGGGCAUCUUCCAAGCGCCGUUCCCAAUCAUGCACGACCGCGACGCGACGUUCCUCGAAUGCUCCAAGAAGUUUACGGAUGCAAACGGCCGGCGCGGGUUUGCGCGCUUGAUCACAUCGUGGGAGAUGGGCUCCAUGGGCGAAGGCUACGUCCGCGUCGACCUCCGGGCGUGGGGCGUCGUCCUCCUCGAGACCUCGGACCCGAACGUCCUGCACGCAAGCACGCUCGUCGACGUCGACUGGAAAGGGCACGUCACGACGUGCACGGCCACGCGCAUGACGUCGCGCUUGGCGCAGAGCAUCAAGCAUCUCCCGUCGAUCCUCCGCGCGUCCAAGAAGGCUGCGCAGCACCGGUGUUUUAUGUGCCGCAGCAAGCCGCGGAUUUGCGACGCGCACUCCAAGCUCACGCCGUGCGAGAGCUGCGCCAAGCCGCUCUGUGACAACUGCCGGGGGAUUAGCCAACGCCUCAGCGGCGCCACGGCGUGCCUCGUCUGCGUCUGCAAAGCUCGCGACGAGGCCAUGACGCGGUCCACAGCGCUCUCGGAUGCGUCGACGGUCGAGUCGGAGCUGCGGUCGCCGACGGCGUGGGAGUGGACGACCGAGCCAGGCCCUGUCGACUUGGGCUACUUGUCCGAGUACCGUUCACGCCCGACAGCGCUGCACAGCAAGAAAUAGUAGUUGAGCUCAAUAGGAAUCCCAUAGUUUUAGUAUUAUCUAUACCAGUCACAUCGACGCUUCCAGCAGAAA